AUGGCCGAGGACAAAGUGGCAGGCAGCAUCCAAGUACAUUUGCCAGCGUCCGUGUGUCAAGCCCUCCUCGAAGCGUUUCCCUGCAGAUCGUCACAAUCUUCCCUGUCUGACCCUGCCACACCUGACUUUGCGGCGAUGGUCGGUGACCUGCUUGACGUGCUUGCUGGCACGUCCCAGGCAUCCCAGCCCGGAGCAACACAUGCACUAAGUGCCCCAAGUGCACCAAGUGCACCAAGUGCACCUUGCUCAGAGAGUGUUGCAGAGUGCCGGUACAAGCGGGGCGGCCGGACCCCUGAACUCCACGGUGGCCCUGAAGGAGCAUACCAACGAGAUGUGUCGACGGGUCGCUGGAGAUCGCUUUCGCAAGAUCGCACACGGCACGUACCACCAAUGCCCAGAGCAAAUCCACUGCCGUCUUCCAUGGACGGCUUACGGGCAGAGAGUCCUGCCAAUCUUGCGGAGGGCGGGGAUGAGGCUGAGAUGUUGGCAUCGUUGAAGGAGCAUGCUGCAGCCGAAGCAGCUGCAAGCAGGGCCAAGGCAGAGACAUCGAAGUUGUGGGAGGUUGCCAGAAAGACUCUGGAAGCUCCGCGCUUUCAGAGCUUGAAGCGCCAGAGCGACUUGCAGCGAGCAAUUGCAGAAGUGGAGCUCGAGGAGUCUAUGCAAGCAGAAUCGUGGAAGUUGUUCCAUGGCUCAUUGGACAAGAAGGUGCUUGGCGAGAUCACGCGCAUGGCGGCAGGCUGUGAGGGCGGUCGAGCUUUGUCUGUUGGUGUGGCACGGCACCUCUUCGAGAAUGUUGGCUCCGCAGGGCGUAGUGGCAGCAGGGACAGAGAGAGGAAGCCGAGGAGGCCUUCUGCCCUGCCUCCGCGGCCCAGAGCUGAGAGAGAGAACAACAAAGCAGAAAGGCCGAAAGAAAAGAAACCAGAAAAAUCCGAGAAGACGACCGAGCGGCCAGAGUCUCCAUCUGUUCGCAAUCGAAUUGGUGCCUGGGAGGUUUCACAAGCUGCCCCUUUUGGUGGGGCGUAG